GUUUCCAAGUGCUCUGAUGUCUCGCGAGACUUCCGCUCAGUGCCCUUGAUACAAAUUCCAAAAUGGGUUACUGGGACCUGGAGGAGGGCACGGACUGCGUCCAGAAAACAUGGAUUACCACCAAACUGGGGACGGCUCUGGGCUUGGUUGGUUCAGCCUAUCACAUAGUAGCAUACCAGCCUGAUUCUGCAGUGGCGGCGCUGCAGAGGGCCGGCAACGCAACCGCCACCAUGGCGGCCCUGGGAGCCAUCUUUGGCAUGACGACGUGUCUCAGCGCUCAGGCGCGUGAAGCUCCCAACGACCCGCUGAACUACUUCAUCGGGGGCUGUGCAUCUGGAGCUUUCCUCGGAGCCAGGACCCACAGUAUUACGACCGGUACCUCAGCUUGUCUUGGUCUGGGAACGCUGGCCUUCUUAACAAAGGCUGGAAAAACGGAGGGUUGGAAAUUAACCGGACCGCCCAAACUCUGAGAAGAAGGAGCAUGUGUGUUUGGAUGUAUAUUGUAAAUUUAAAAUAUCGCUGGAAUAAAAUAUUUGUGAAAAUGA